CAAACUCCACAAAUCAACAAACACACAAAAAUGGCGAACACAACUCCCGAAACCACCAACAAAUCCACAACACCGUCGACGGACUUGGAGCUCAAGAAGGUCUUCGACCAAUUCGAUGCCAACGGCGACGGGAAGAUCUCCGUUUCGGAGCUCGGCAACGUUUUCAAAUCCAUGGGAACGUCAUACACGGAAGAAGAGCUUAACCGCGUUCUAGACGAUAUCGACAUCGAUCGCGACGGUUACAUCAACCAGGAAGAGUUCGCCACCAUCUGCCGAUCAUCCUCCUCCGCCGCAGAGAUCCGCGAGGCUUUUGAUCUAUACGACCAGGACAAGAACGGUUUGAUCUCGUCGUCUGAGAUCCAUAAGGUUCUCAACCGUCUUGGUAUGUCUUGCUCUGUUGAAGACUGUGUGAGAAUGAUCGGGCAUGUUGAUGCUGAUGGCGAUGGCAAUGUUAAUUUUGAGGAGUUCCAGAAAAUGAUGUCUUCGCCUGAGCUCGUUAAGGGAUCCUCCGCCAAUUAGGUUUCCGAUUGUUUUUCCCACCUUUUUUCGUAUUCUUGGUGAAGAAGAUAUACGAUCAUGUACUUUUUAUAUUUGUUUUUAGGUUUAACAAAAAAAAUUGAUUCGAUUCUCUUCCUAAUAAGGAUGAUGAUGAUGAGUUUGUUCUACACUUAUGGUUACUAUAUAUAUACGUCUAUACAUACAUAUAUGGAUUAUGCGUUUUCUCGGUAUUGCAAUUAUGGAUUUUAAUCAA